AUGGCGCAUAUGUUCCUCCCCACGUCUGACAGAGCGAUAUCGCACGGAUAUCUCGACGAUCUCGACGACGGACCAGACGACCACCUAUUGAUCGCAUCGCAUAUCGCUCACACCGCACGCAAGAUAUUCAACAGUUAUGGCGAUCUCAAGCGCUUGCGCGAGUCUUCGCGGGUGCGGACACGCUGCACGCCUCGCUGGGCAACUUAUCGACACUUUCGUCUGGGCAUUGAGGCUUGCUGGGGUGUCGCUGCAGAGGCAUUGGCCCUGAUCUUGUACUACCUGGCCGUGGAGGAGAAGAUGAGCGGCGACGACAUAGACAGAUACCGUGAUGUGGCGGAAUAUACGUGGUACCGAAACGCGGAGGAGGAGGACAUCGACACUUGGCAUAGAGGCGACGAGUCCUACGAGGGCAACCCGGCGACCGCUCCUGUCGUGUUUCGGGUACUCAGGCUGGCGUACGAGAUCGGAGACCGUCGCGCUUCGGUCGGAGAGCCUGCGGGUUCCAUCGCUCGGUCCCUCGCAAUGUAUCGCGAGGAGAUGCGACGUGCAAACGCGCCGCCCCUGUACAUGGACUGA